CUCUGUCCUCAAUACACGUAUUUCGUCACACGAAUGAUUUUCUAGCCAAUUACUCACAAUGUGGAGAAUUUCACUGAACAACUGCAGGGGGGAGACUCGUAACUUGUUGGGAUUUCACUCAGGAGGGAUGCGUCCUGUGCGCGCACCUGGCGCCGCUGGAGACAUGCAGGGGCGACACGUUUCUGCCUCUUUUCACUCUGGUUUAUGAUACCGAGCCGCCGCCGAAACCUGACAUUUAUUCCUGUGAUGGGGAGAAUCACAUGGAGCUGCGGUGCCGUGAUCCUCCUGGCCAUCAUUAGCUCAUGCCGUGCCGUCACUCUGGAGUCCAUCCACUGGAGCAGCUCCAACACAAAGUUUAGUCCAGGUAGGGGUCUAGUCCUGUAUCCUCAGAUUGGGGACAAGAUGGACAUCGUGUGUCCCCGAGCUGCUGCCUCCCCAGGGGUGAAGGAGGAGGUCUAUCGGGUGUACCUGGUCUCCCGCAGUCAGAUGGAGAGCUGCACCAUCCACAAGACCGACACACCUCUGCUGAACUGUGACAAACCCAACCAGGAUGUAAAGUUCACCUUCAAGUUCCAGGAGUUCAGCCCUAACCUGUGGGGUCUGGAGUUUCUCAAGGGGAGGGACUAUUACAUCACCUCCACCUCUUCAGGCUCCCUGCAAGGUCUGGACAACACUAACGGAGGGGUGUGUAAAACCAAAUCCAUGAAGCUUGUGCUGAGAGUUGGCCAAAGCUCUUCAGAUCCACCUACAACGCUCCAGGAGUCCCCCACCAGAUUCCCACCAACAAAGCCCAAGGCCAAGGCCAAAGAUCCCUCCGUGAAAGAAGAGGAUACAAAAAGCACAACUGAAAAAGGACAGACAAACCCACAUGGCGUCCCUUCCUUUGAGCCAGGACUGUUCAUGUGGAUUGUGUGUGGCGGUGUGAUCCUCCUGGUGGUCAUCAUAAUUGUGGUGGUGGUUCUGUGGCGGUACCGUCGCCGUCAGGGCGUCCCAGUCAGCCAGCAGUCCGAUGCAGUGUCCCUCAACACUCUGUCCGUGCCGAAGCGGGACAGCAUCAGCAGCGACAACAAUGGCUCGGACCGCAGCGAUGUUGUUUUUCCUCUCCGGGCUUCCGACAGUAUGAUCUGUCGUCAUUACGAACGUGUAAGCUCUGACUACGGGCCUCCUGUGUACAUAGUUCAGGAGAUAACGCCGCAGACUCCCACCAACAUCUACUACAAAGUCUAAUGGCUGCUGCUCUGGAGCCAAACUUCUGCUGAGAAACUAUCCACAACACACUGAAGCUGCUGUCAGUGACACAGAGUUGUUAUGGAAGGCUUGAAGAAAAGACAGAAUGAAUCUAAUCUUUGUGUGCCGCUGUCCCAUGAGGACGUAAACAUUUUGUUUUGUUAACAUAUUGAAAAGACAAUCAGACAGGAAGUUAACGUCUUAACAUCUCCUUGUGUUCACGAGAAACUUUUUCUUUUUCAUGUUCUACACUUGACUACAGUUUUGAGCUAUCUGUACAUUAUUUAAGCAAUUUCAUACAUGACACUUUUUACUUUGCAUCAUUCAUCAUUACAAGUGACUUUACAGAGUAGGAGGACUCUUUGAGAGCGCAGAACUCUGAGAAGGCCCGCCGUCCUGUCCUCUAUGAACAUCUGCAAGUACUUCUUAUGUUUGGAACUAUCAACCAAAUGCAACAAGUAUUUAAAAACAUUAUUGUGCUCAUCUGCAGCAUCUUCAUCUUAGCAUUGUAUUUUUCAUUUAAUACGACAGUGGAAAAAGUGUUGUAAUAAAUAAUACCGUUUAAAAAAACAAAACAGAAAACAACACCAAUCAUUAUCACAAACAAAAACGGUAUGCCAACAGUAAAGAAAUACGUGGGUACGAUCCUGCUCUGGUCCAGGAUUCAAUAGGUGUUCCUUUAGCGCAUGCUUUAAUACGUUUCAUUCAAAUGAAUGGGCCGUCAGUGUUUCCAUAAUCCUGCUGACACACGGGCAACAAGAAAGUAAUGCAAACACAACCUCCUUGAUGGAAGUAGUUUAGAUUUGACCAACUUUAAAUAUUAAACUAAAAUAUUCUUUGACUUAUUUAAUUACAACUGUUGCCUAGUAGUAAAAAACAUUUGAGUUAUAUGUCACUUAGAGCUCGGGGUAAUUUCAGUGCAUCCCCUGAUGUUUUCUAUCAAACAAAGGCAACAAUAAAUGGAUCGAUGUUGACAUUAAACUAGCCGAUUAAUCCAUAAUAAAAACACUCAUGUUCACUCUUGUCCCGCUCAACUUUGAGCUCCUUCAAUGAUUUCUUUUCAUACUUUAUAUGCUUACAUACUACCACUCAAAACAUUGUGAAAGCAGGACUUUGUUGUAAUGAAGAACUUUUACAAGACUUUAACUGAAGGAAACAAUCAAAUCAAAUGCUUAUUUGUUCAUGUUGUUGUUUUCCAGAAAAACUACAUUUAUCACUGCAGCUUUAUUUAUUAUUGAAGUAUUUGUGUAUUUAAUUUAUUGAUAAAUCUCCAAACAUUGACUGUGUACUUCUACAUAUUACAUUGGGAUGUUUUUUUUCAAAACCUAAUUGUGUACGCUUUGUUUGAAAUGCUGUUCAGAGAAAUUAAAAUCACAAUUUUUUUUAAACUUUUAUUAAAGCUAAACAAUUUGAAGAGAUUUUGACACUCUUUCUCUCUGACCAUGGCAGCCAUAUUUAAACAUUUUAAAUUGUUGCUCUCUUAAAGAUUAUUUCUAAAUAGUCCUCUGUAUUCGACCAGGACGUCGAGCUUCAAGAAAUGUCAUUACUUCAUCAUGGAGAGGUUGUUGCUAUUGUUUUUAAUGUGUCAGCAUUGUUGUCUUGUCUGUUUUCCUCUCUUCACCAAAACUAACUACAACCACUGUGAAAGGGAAAGACACAGAGAGAGCAUGAAAAAAAGAAGAAAAUAAAGAAAUGAAAGUUAGAGAGAGAAAUCACAGCACACUCUCUCAGCUUUCAGAUGACUUACAAAAUGACUCAGCAAUGCAUGAUGACUUCAAACAACAGUAAGCUGCAUCACUAUUUACAUACAGCUUUGUUAAAGGCAUUUUAAACCUGACUUUUCGUUUGUACAAAAUGUUUCAUGCAGAACGUCUCAACCAGCAGCCAAGAAUCAGGCUGAAAUGGCUGCAAUGUAAUUCAGGGAAACUGCACCCAACGUAGGUUAGCCCCUUAAGUUUCUAUCUUUUUCUACCUACAGGGUUGGGUUGAUUGUCUAAGUGUCUAACAAUAACGUGGAAGGGAUAC